UGAAUCGUGUGUUGUUGAUAUUAUAACUUGUACGUCAUUUUACUGUUUGCCGAUCCCGUGUUUUGAACAGGAAAUGGCGGGUUGAGGGAGGAUUACAUAUUAUCCUCCACCGCCUUACUUUCUACUGAUAUUUUCAGUUUCUCCAAUGUCGGCUUUUACCUUGUCCGUACCAACAUCUGUCUGUAUAUAUGUAUACACAUACAUACAUUCUUCUUCCCCAAGAUUUCAUUUCAUUCCAUUCAUCUCCCCUCUCGUCGUCGUCGUCUUCUUCUCAAUUUACUCUGCUUUUUUUUCGAAAAAGAGAAAGAAAAGGGAAAUGAACCCAGAAGAGAAAAACCCAUUUACGCAUUCUUCUUCUUCUUCUUCUUCUUUUUCGACUUUCCGGCGACCUGAAACUCCUCCGCUACCGUCCAACACGACACCGUUUUCAUCUGAGAUGGAUUCCGGGUUCCCUGUUUUGUCUCCUCUGUCUAUGGCGUUUCCUUACCCGCAUUUUUUGGAGUCCGGGUCGUUUCCCGGCCCGAUAAGCCGCGCGGAGGGAUUCAGUAUGCCGCAGCCGCUGGAGUGUUUGCAGGAGACGCCUAUACCGCCGUUUCUGUCGAAGACGUUCGAUCUGGUGGAGGAGCCGUCGCUGGACCCGAUCAUAUCGUGGGGCCCUAAAGGGGAGAGCUUCGUGGUGUGGGACCCGGUGGAUUUCGCCAGGGUGAUUCUGCCUCGGAACUUCAAGCACAACAAUUUCUCCAGCUUUGUUCGUCAGCUCAAUACAUAUGGGUUUCGAAAAAUUGAUGCUGACAGGUGGGAAUUCGCGAAUGAGGGGUUCUUGAGAGGGAAGAAGCAUCUGUUGAAGAACAUCCAAAGGCGAAAGUCUCCCGGGGGUUGUUCUUCUCAGCAGCACACUGGUGGAGUUGAAGGGGAGGUGGAGAAAUUGAGGAAGGAGAAGAGAGUGAUGAUGCAGGAGGUGAUUGAGUUGCAGCAGCAGCACUGUGGCACGGUUCAGCACAUGGAAGCAGUAAACGAGAAGCUGCAGGCUGCAGAGCAGAGGCAGAAGCAGAUGGUUUCUUUCCUGGCUAAGGUGUUUCAGAAUCCCAAAGUGUUGGCUCGGCUUCAGGAGCGAAGGACCAUUGCAGCCUCUCCAGAGAGAACAAUGAAGAAGUUUGUGAAGCAUCAGCCUCCCGAGCCUUCCAUGGAAGAAGGGCAGAUUGUCAAGUACAAGCCUCAACUAGUGGAAGAAAUGCCAUUUUCAGAUGAAUUGGGAAUAACACAACAGCACCUAGCUGAAGAAGAGGAGGGGGUUUUCGGCCUGGAUCCUAUAUUCAAAGGGAAGAAUGUUGCAACUUCUCCUCCACCAGAGACCAUGCCCCCUGAGUACUUAGUUUCUUUUCCCUGCGAAUCAGGGAAGGAGAAGAACAUCCCAGAAUUGGUUCCUGCAGAGCUAGAGAGUAUUCUGGUUAAAGAAGAGGAAAUUUGGAAUAUGGGAUUUGAAGAUUCAGCUGGUAUGCCAAGUUCUAGCCAUGAGUUCUGGGGCAAUCUUGGGAGCAGCUACACUGAUAUUGCAAUUUCAGAUAUGUGGGAUAUUGAGCCAUUGCACACUGCCACAAGUUCAGGUAUAAUAGAACAGUGGCUGGGUGAUGAUUCUCCUCUUGCUCAGCCCCAGCCCAGAGAUGAUAAUUCUAAGAAAUCCGAUCCUUAAGGCCGCCCUUCAGCUUCUGGAUCCUUUCCUACCAUACUUUAACUUUUUAUUAUGAUCUCAGCUCGUUUAGUUGAAAUCUAGUAUUGCCUUCUAAUAAAUUGCUUUUGAUAUGGUACCA